UUGCCCUGCACGCGCGGCCGGCUCAGCUUUCUCCAGACGCACACAAUAGCUGGUGACUAACUGCUCCGAAGUGGCAUUAGCAUUUCACAAGAAGGCCAUUCAGCCGAUGGAGGAUCCUUGGCAAGAUCGUUUUCUUUUUCCUUCCCCUCCUCUGUCUCCCUUUUGUUUUCUGUAGAUUCAGACCUAGAUUUUUAAAAUUUGUUAUUUUUUUUACAUUUUUUGGGGGGGGUUGGAGGUAUUCAGAUGUUUGAUGAUAGCUACCCAGCGGUACAUUGUGUAUUUAUAAAAACCUAUCUGCUGAAGUAUAAACCUAGAAGUUUUAACAGGCGUUUUCUAAUUUUGCUGAUUCUUGGGGUCUAUUUCCUUCUUUCAUUAAAAAUCGUUAGUGGAGGGCAUGAAGACUUUUGGUUUUUUUUUUAAUCCAGUUACCGUUGUCUGGACCUUGGCUCUCAAUUUUUUGUUUAUAUUGAGGUGUUUUGGUAAUUGCUUGAAAAUAGCGUUUUUUAUAGUUGGUGGGUUUUUCCAAGGCAGUUAUUAAAUUGCUUUCCAAAAAUGGAGCUAUCACUUGAGUAUUGUUAGUGGAAAGGUAAAGUCUCCAUGCUAGUUUACUUUAUUAAAGGAGCUGUAGUUUCUGCAGUGUCUUCUUUGCCUGCACCGAUAGAAGUUGUUGGAAUGAGUGUGUUGAAUAGUGAGUCACAGCAGGGCCCAUUAGGCACUUGAAAUUCAGACAAUACAUUGAAAAAAAUUGGGGGGGGAACAUUUGUGACUGCUUGAGGUGGUUGUAAUUGCUCCUGUUGUCAGUGCUGUAGUGAUUAGGCAGUUUUAGUAGUCCCCAAUGAGUGUCUUCCGUGAGGUGAUGGCAUGACAGGAUUUUGAUAGCUUUUGUUUGGUUUUAGAUAGGAUUCGAAUAGCUUUUGUGUGUAUGCCUUAUGAUUUAAUAUCAACUAUAGAUAACUGUGGUUGUUUAGGCUUAAGAGAUCUAAUGGAGACUGUUUUCAUUUCUAUACCUUAGUAAGUUUUCAAGUAGUGAUUUAGGGUAGUUCAGUCAAUACUUGGGCCGGUCCCAAAGUGAUUUUGAUUUGAAGUAAACUCCACAGUUUACUACUUGCAAUCAUUUAAGUUUUUAGUUUUAUAAUUUUUAACAAAAAUCUUCACUGUAUGUCAUGCCUUCCUGGCUGUGUAAGAAAAAUGAACUCUAAAAAUACAAAGAUGCCAUGUUUUAUCAAACUCAUUUUUUUUUCUCUCUUUAAAAAUCCUACGAGUCCCAAGUAGUUAAAAAAAAUGCUGUCUUUUUAACUUUACCUGAGAAAUGUUAAGUGCUACUAUGCUUUUUGAUUGAAUCAGCUAAUAGUGUUUGACCAAAAAAUGGAAAUGGCUAAUCUGUGUAGGAAUAUUAAUUUUGUUUGUCUAGUGAAAACCCUACUACAGAUUUAGAUUUUGGCCUAAUUUAAUUUUAGAGGGGAUUCUCAUUGGCUCAGAUAUUAGUAAAAUGAAGUGUUCACAAUUUUUCAAAUUUCUUAAUUGUCUUUGUUAGUAUGUUAUUUAUCAAAAGCUACAUGUUUUGCACAAAGGUGAUUUUUUUCCUGCUUGAAGAGUUUUUUACCUAACAGUCAGCCAUGGCUUUACUCUUAAGACAGGUGAAGUAUUAUAGACAUCUUGCACCUGAUCACUUGCUGCAAAUCUGUCAUCGACUAGGACCUCUUCUUGAGCAAGAAAUUCCUCAGAGUGUCCCUGGAGUACAAACUUUAUUAGGAGCUGGGAGACAGUCCUUGCUACGUACAAAUAAAAGCUGCAAGCAUGUGGUAUGGAAAGGAUCUGCUCUGGCUGCACUACAUUGUGGAAGGCCACCAGAGUCUCCAGUUAACUAUGGUAGUCCGCCUAGCAUUGCGGAUACUCUGUUUUCAAGGAAGCUGAAUGGGAAAUACAGACUUGAGCGACUUGUUCCAACUGCAGUAUAUCAGCAUAUGAAGAUGCAUAAACGAAUUCUUGGACACUUAUCAUCGGUGUACUGUGUAACUUUUGAUCGAACUGGCAGGCGGAUAUUUACUGGCUCUGAUGAUUGUCUUGUGAAGAUCUGGGCCACAGACGAUGGGAGAUUGCUGGCUACUCUAAGAGGACAUGCUGCUGAGAUAUCAGACAUGGCUGUCAACUAUGAGAACACUAUGAUAGCAGCUGGGAGUUGUGAUAAAAUGAUUCGUGUCUGGUGUCUUCGGACUUGUGCACCUUUGGCUGUUCUUCAAGGACACAGUGCAUCCAUUACAUCACUACAGUUCUCACCAUUGUGCAGUGGCUCAAAGAGAUACCUGUCUUCUACUGGGGCGGAUGGCACUAUUUGCUUUUGGCUUUGGGACGCUGGAACUCUUAAAAUAAAUCCAAGACCUACAAAAUUUACAGAGCGCCCUCGGCCUGGAGUUCAGAUGAUCUGUUCUUCAUUCAGUGCUGGUGGAAUGUUCUUGGCCACUGGAAGCACUGACCAUAUUAUUAGAGUUUAUUUUUUUGGAUCUGGUCAGCCAGAGAAAAUAUCAGAAUUGGAGUUUCAUACUGACAAAGUUGAUAGUAUCCAGUUUUCCAACACUAGUAACAGGUUUGUAAGUGGUAGCCGUGAUGGGACAGCACGGAUUUGGCAAUUUAAACGAAGAGAAUGGAAAAGCAUUUUGUUAGAUAUGGCUACUCGUCCAGCAGGCCAAAAUCUUCAAGGAAUAGAAGACAAAAUUACAAAAAUGAAAGUAACAAUGGUAGCUUGGGAUCGUCAUGACAAUACAGUUAUAACUGCGGUUAAUAACAUGACCCUGAAAGUUUGGAAUUCUUAUACUGGUCAACUGAUUCAUGUCCUCAUGGGUCAUGAAGAUGAGGUGUUUGUUCUUGAACCACACCCAUUUGAUCCUAGAGUUCUCUUUUCUGCUGGUCAUGAUGGAAACGUGAUAGUGUGGGAUCUAGCAAGAGGAGUUAAAGUCCGAUCUUAUUUCAAUAUGAUUGAAGGCCAAGGACAUGGUGCAGUGUUUGACUGCAAAUGCUCCCCUGAUGGUCAGCACUUUGCAUGUACAGACUCUCAUGGACAUCUUUUAAUUUUUGGUUUUGGGUCUAGUAGCAAGUAUGACAAGAUAGCAGAUCAGAUGUUUUUUCAUAGUGAUUAUCGGCCCCUUAUCCGUGACGCCAACAAUUUUGUAUUAGAUGAGCAGACUCAGCAGGCACCUCAUCUCAUGCCUCCCCCUUUUCUGGUUGAUGUUGACGGAAAUCCUCAUCCAUCAAGAUACCAGAGAUUAGUUCCUGGUCGUGAAAAUUGCAGGGAGGAGCAGCUCAUCCCUCAAAUGGGAGUCACGUCUUCAGGAUUGAACCAAGUUUUAAGCCAGCAAGCAAGCCAGGAUAUCAGUCCUCUAGACAGCAUGAUUCAAAGACUACAACAGGAACAAGACCUGAGGCGUGCUGGUGAAGCAGGUGUUAGUAAUGCCAGCCGUUUAAACAGAGUAGGCUCUGUAAGUUCUACCUCUGAAGUUCAUUCGCCACCAAAUGUAGGAUUGAGACGCAGUGGGCAAAUUGAAGGUGUGCGGCAGAUGCACAGCAAUGCUCCACGAAGUGAAAUAGCCACAGAGCGAGAUCUUGUUGCUUGGAGCCGAAGGGUGGUGGUACCUGAGCUCUCAGCUGGUGUAGCUAGUAGACAAGAAGAAUGGAGAACUGCAAAGGGAGAAGAAGAAAUAAAGAAUUACAGGUCAGAAGAGAAAAGGAAACACUUGACUGUUGCAAAAGAGAAUAAAAUUGUUACUGUCUCGAAGAAUCAUGCUCAUGAGCAUUUCCUGGAUCUUGGGGAUUCCAAAAAGCAACAAGCAAAUCAACACAAUUACCGUACAAGAUCUGCACUGGAAGAAAUGCCUAGGCCUUUGGAGGAGAUAGAAAAUGGGACUAGUUCUUCAGAUGAAGGUGACGUGGUUGCUGUCAGUGGUGGGACGUCUGAAGAAGAGGAGCGGGCGUGGCACAGUGACGGCAGCUCCAGUGACUACUCCAGUGAUUAUUCUGAUUGGACAGCAGAUGCUGGAAUUAAUUUGCAACCACCAAAGAAAGUUCCUAAGCAUAAGACCAAGAAAGCAGAAAGUAGUUCUGAUGAGGAAGAAGAAUCUGAAAAUCAGAAGCAAAAACAUAUUAAAAAGGAAAGGAAAAAGGCAAAUGAAGAAAAAGAUGGACCAACGUCACCAAAGAAAAAAAAGCCCAAAGAAAGAAAACAAAAGAGAUUGGCCGUGGGAGAGCUAACUGAAAAUGGUCUUACAUUAGAAGAAUGGUUGCCUUCAACAUGGAUUACAGAUACACUUCCCAGAAGAUGCCCAUUUGUGCCACAAAUGGGUGAUGAGGUUUAUUAUUUCCGACAAGGACAUGAAGCAUAUGUUGAAAUGGCCCGGAAAAAUAAAAUUUAUAGUAUCAAUCCUAAAAAACAGCCAUGGCAUAAGAUGGAACUAAGGGAACAAGAACUGAUGAAGAUCGUUGGUAUCAAGUAUGAAGUGGGAUUGCCUACUCUUUGCUGCCUUAAACUUGCUUUUCUAGAUCCUGAUACUGGUAAACUGACCGGUGGAUCAUUUACCAUGAAAUACCAUGAUAUGCCUGACGUUAUAGAUUUCCUAGUCUUGAGACAACAAUUUGAUGACGCAAAAUAUAGGCGGUGGAAUAUAGGUGACCGCUUCAGAUCAGUAAUAGAUGAUGCCUGGUGGUUUGGAACAAUUGAAAGUCAAGAGCCUCUUCAACCUGAGUACCCUGAUAGUUUGUUUCAGUGUUACAAUGUUUGUUGGGACAAUGGAGAUACAGAAAAGAUGAGUCCUUGGGAUAUGGAACUAAUACCUAAUAAUGCUGUAUUUCCAGAAGAAUUGGGUACCAGUGUCCCUUUAACUGAUGUUGAAUGUCGGUCACUAAUCUAUAAGCCUCUUGAUGGAGAGUGGGGAGCCAAUCCCAGGGAUGAAGAAUGUGAAAGAAUUGUUGGAGGAAUAAAUCAGCUGAUGACCCUAGAUAUUGCUUCAGCAUUUGUGGCCCCUGUGGAUCUGCAAGCUUAUCCCAUGUAUUGCACUGUGGUGGCAUAUCCAACGGAUCUAAGUACAAUUAAACAAAGACUGGAAAACAGGUUUUACAGGCGCAUUUCAUCCCUGAUGUGGGAAGUUCGAUAUAUAGAACAUAAUACACGAACAUUUAAUGAGCCAGGAAGCCCUAUUGUGAAAUCUGCAAAAUUCGUUACUGAUCUUCUUCUGCAUUUUAUAAAGGAUCAGACUUGUUAUAACAUAAUUCCACUUUACAACUCAAUGAAGAAGAAAGUUUUGUCUGACUCUGAGGAAGAAGAAAAAGAUGCUGACGUACCUGGAACUUCUACACGAAAAAGGAAGGAUCAUCAACCUAGAAGAAGGCUACGCAAUAGAGCUCAGUCUUAUGAUAUUCAGGCAUGGAAGAAACAAUGUCAAGAAUUGUUAAAUCUCAUAUUUCAAUGUGAAGAUUCAGAGCCUUUUCGACAGCCAGUAGAUCUUCUUGAAUAUCCAGACUACAGAGACAUCAUUGACACGCCAAUGGACUUUGCUACUGUCAGAGAAACUUUAGAGGCUGGGAAUUAUGAGUCACCAAUGGAGUUAUGUAAAGACGUCAGGCUCAUAUUUAGUAAUUCUAAAGCAUAUACACCAAGCAAAAGAUCAAGGAUUUACAGCAUGAGUUUACGCCUGUCUGCUUUCUUUGAAGAACACAUUAGCUCAGUUUUGUCUGAUUAUAAGUCUGCUCUUCGUUUUCAUAAAAGAAAUACCAUGACCAAAAGGAGGAAGAAACGAAACAGAAGCAGCUCCCUUUCCAGCAGUGCUGCAUCAAGCCCUGAAAGGAAAAAAAAGAUCUUAAAACCCCAGCCGAAGUCAGAAAUAUCUACCUCUCCAUUCUCUAUACCUACCCGAUCAGUACUGCCAAGGCAUAAUGCUGCUCAGAUAAAUGGUAAACCAGAAUCCAAUUCUGUUGUUCGAACCAGGAGCAACCGUGUGGCUGUAGAUCCGGUUAUCACUGAGCAGCCAUCCACUUCAUCAGCCACAAAAGCUUUUAUUUCAAAAACUAGUACAUCUGCCAUGCCGGGGAAAACAAUGCUAGAGAAUUCUGUGAAACAUUCCAAAGCCUUGAAUAUGCUUUCAAGCCCGGAUCAGCCCACGUUUGGCCAUGGUGCGAGGAAUAACUCUGCAAAAGAAAACAUGGAAAAGGAAAAGCCUGUCAAACGUAAAAUGAAGUCUUCUGUUCUCUCAAAAGCUUCCACUCUUCCAAAACCAUCAGCUGUGGUUGAUCAAGGAGAUUGUAAGAGCAGUGUUCUUAUAGCAGGAACCAUUCAAGUAAAUGGCCAUGGAGGACAGCCGUCAAAACUUGUGAAGAGAGGGCCCGGGAGGAAGCCUAAGGCAGAAGCUAACACCAGCAGUGGUGAAGUUACACACAAGAAAAGAGGUAGAAAGCCCAAGAACCUGCAGUGUGCAAAGCAAGAAAACUCUGAGCAAAAUAACAUGCCUCCAAUCAGGGCUGAUGUGGCUCCUUCUUCAACAUGCAACUUUCUUUCUGACACUAAUGCUGUUAAGGAGGAUUUGUUACAGAAAAAGAGUCGUGGAGGCAGAAAACCCAAAAGGAAGAUGAAAAUGGAAAACCUAGAUUCAGAACUCAUAGUCCCUACAAAUGUUAAAGUGUUAAGGAGAAGUAACCGGAAAAAAACAGAUGGUCCUAUAGACGAGGAAGAAGAGUUUGAAGAACUCAAAGGCUCUGAACCUCACAUGAGAACUAGAAACCAAGGUCGAAGGACAGCUUUCUAUAAUGAGGAUGACUCAGAAGAAGAGCAGAGGCAACUGUUAUUUGAAGACACCUCUUUGACUUUUGGGACUUCUAGUAGAGGACGGGUCCGAAAGUUGACUGAAAAAGCAAAGGCUAAUUUAAUUGGUUGGUAACUUGAAGCAAAAUAAUGUACUUCAAAAUCUAUGAAGCAGGUACAGUUAAGGAGUAAGUAGAACUAAGGUUUCUGCUUCCUGGCUGCUAUGAUGGAUUAGGGAAUGUUACAAUUUGACUUAGGGAAAAAGAAGGCAAAAAAAAAAUUAGAAAAUAAUUUACGUCUUUGAAUGAAAAAGAAAAUCUAUAUACAUAUAUAUUUCAGAUGUUUGCUAUUUAUUGCCCUUAGAUAGGUUAUUCAUUUCCGUAUUCAUUUCAUUUACUGUUUGAAAUUGAGGACCUGUUAGAAAUUCCUGAUUUAUUUAUGGAAGAGACAGCUCUGCUACUACACUAUUAAGAAACAUAGUAUUCCUAGUGAUAGAAAGUUUCCUGGUAAAUUGAAUUAUUUUUUGAUCAAGUAAGGUACCUUUUUACUGAUAACAGAAGUCAAUGUUACCCAGAGUAGCAGUACAUUAAGAAACGUUUCCUCUAAAGAUGACUUUAAAGUUCCCACCAUUUGUUAUCCUGAAAAGUGUUAGUUGUAGGGUAUUCAACUGCAGAAUAUCUAGAGGAAGCUUUUGUUUUACUCCAUUUCUGCCAAACUUAGGAGAAAAUGUAAUGAUGCAAAGGAAACAUAUCCACAUUGGAAAACAUUUGACUGUCUAAUUUUUCAGACCUUGAUUCUUCUAUCAGUCACUCUAUCUCUGUUUAUUGUGCCAAAGACUGAGAAUCAGUGCAGUGGAAACCCUGCUGUUGACUGUCAGGACAGCAUACACUUUUCAAUACUGGAGAAGCUAUAUAUUCUAAAGAGCAAGUUAUUUCAGAAUUAUGCUGAGUUGUAUCUUUUUUUUGGUACUAAUAGUAAGAAAAUAAUGCACUGGUGGGUCCUUUGACAGAGAUAUCUUAGAGAAAAUGUUUAAGUGGUUAAAGGAUUCAAGGAAAAUACAGGAAAAAAGUAUGGGAUUUGAUGUUUACUUCUUCUGGAUAAAUGUCAUUUUUAAAUUUCAGGCAUAUCCAAUAGGUUAAAAUGACUUGCAAAGAACCCUGUCUGUGUACGUGUGUAUAUUGAUAAAUGGGUGUGAUUGAAUAUAUAUACAAACACAUACUUAAGUACUACUACCCAGGUAUAAAUUCCUUUUUUCUGGAUUUUUUUUAGCUAGUAGUAGAAUAAAAUAAUUUUAAAAUGUCAUACUUUAUAGUUUAAUUUUUAAGGAAAAGAUUGGUUAUUUUCAACUAUUAAAAGUUAAAAAUAGGCCAAAUCACUUUUUAAUGCAAUCAUGUUUUAUACAGUGGUCUCAUUGCACAUUGUGUUUUUUCUGCACUUUUUAUGGUAUCCUUAUCACGCUGGUAUCUCAAUAUACACUCUAAAGAGAAACACCCAUUUAAUGAUUGUGCCUUGUAUUCUAUUAUUUUUUGCAUCAUUAGUAAAAUUAAGUUGUCUAUUGUAAAUGAUAACUAUAUGACUUAGGAGAAUGUAUUACUAUAUGUACUGCUAUGGAAAAGGAAAGCAGUUAUUUAUUUGUUUAUGGUACAUUAGUUAUUUUAUACCUUGAAAACCAACAUAAAUGCCAUUUCUAUUGUUUAAAAUUACUUUUUUUUUUUAGUUUUAAGAAUGUAGUAUUUUCUGAGGAUUGAUAUGGUACAAAAAUGUAACCAAAAUUUUCAGAUACUACAUUUUUAAAAAGGAAUGAUGGGGAAGAUUAUAUAUCAGCAUGAAUGAUCCUGACGUAGAGAAUAAAGCCUUUAAUUGAACCUUGGCAAAAUAUAUAAUUAGAUUAUAUAAUUAUUUCCUUGUUUCUGAUAAGGACAAAUGUUAACUGUCAUUUAACUGUCUUGAAGAAGAAUGAAAAGUGAUGCAUUUGGGCUUUUUAGAUCAUUUGUAAUGAUAUUUGUACAGAAACCCUCCAGUGAAACUAAGUGAACCAUUUUCCAGAUGUUGACUGGAUUGCUGUGAUUUUACAGUGGAAAAAUAAUUUCAAAUUUUUUAGGUUUUUUUGUACAUUUAUUUUUUUCUAACAAAUAUAUUGGACUAUAUAAUUAAAGUUAAGUAGUUAAAUCUUCAUAAUGCAGAAAUGGAUGAUGUGUUACUUAGAAAAAAUGAGUCAAUUUCACCAUUUAAAAUGAUAAGUGUGUAUGUUGGAAAUUUAAGUCAUUAAUUAGUUGCUUUUGAAGGGAAUCUAUUUGAAAAAUGUAAUUUCCUGAUGUUAUCUGCAUUGUAUUAGAAAAACAGACUAAAGUCCAUUUUUAUAAAGGAAGAAGUAGUUGUAAGGAGGGUUCAGUAAAAGGAAGCUUACACAGUCUUAGUGUGGAGGACCUCUUGAAUGGUGCACAGAUAGUUCCAACUUCUGAGCAGUGAAAUAAGUAUUUCCAUAUUUCCUAUGAAAAGAAAUGCAUUAUUUCUGUUUUAAAGACACUGUAUAUUUAUGACUAUGUUUGGACGCUUUCUCAGACACUGGUUUCUUAGUAAAGCAAAAAAACUUGGAUCAGAUUAUUUGUAACUGAAACACUUAAGCUAUAUUAAUACCAGAUACAGAUUUUAUAUUUUUAUAAUUUAGUUUCUGUAGAUUGCAAAAGUUGAAUUAAGAAAUUUAAGUCAUCAUGUUUUGGGUUUUUACCACUUGGAAAGAUCUCUUUGAGACGGUGACAUCAUGUAUGUACUGAUCUCAGAAGGAAUUGUUGGCACUUGUCUUAAGUAAGCAAUAAGAAAAAUAUCAAGUUUACUAAAACUUUCAGAAAUAAAAUUUGUUAUGUGCAUGGAAUAUAAAAAUCAGUUUUCAGGCUGAAAAAUCUGGUGGUGCAUGUUUGUAAUCCCAGCCUUUGGGAGGUGGAGGCAUGAACAUCAGAGUUCAAAGUUACCUUUAGCUGCAAACCAACUUCAAGACUAGGGCUUACAGCAGCAGCAACACUCCAAAAAUCAGUUUAUAUUAUUUCUCUAAUAUUCAACCAUAUCGUUCUUUUAUGCUAUCCUGAUUUCACAAAACCUGUGUUUAUAAAUAUUAUCACAGGCUACUUUAAAGACUCCAUCUAAUUACGAUCUACCAGCCUUUGGAAGUAGAUGUAUAGGUUCUUAAAAUUUCACCUUUCAUAGCUUUCUCUAGAGCAAUUUGUCUUCUGCAUAAGUAUAAACUGAAGAGUAAGGGUCUUACUGCCAUUGUUUUUAUUACGUUGCCUCACUAUAACUCCAAAGACUGGUGGGUUUCUACAGAACUGUCUUACUACAAUUAGAAUAAUUGUGGAGCAUUUGUUCGGUGAUUAGGCCACAUCAGGCAGAGAUAAGUGAUUGGCUGGAUUCAGUCUGACUUGGAAAUUAAUUAUGUAAGACCGUGGACAGCAAAUAUUCCUUUACACCACAGAAUUGUUAACAGCAUUGUAGACUAACUCAGAUACCUUCACAAGUGUAUUGAAAUAAAAUUUUGGUCAUUGUGUGACGUUAGCAGCAUUUGCAUGAUUAAUCUCAUUCAUUAUUGUUUAAUUUCGACAUUCCAUUUUAUACAUCCAUAGGUAUCUGUAAAUUUGUUUUAAAUGUUAAGUUGAAAGGAACUGGUUUUAAGCUUUCUAUCUAAAGAAAACACUGAUUUUUAACAUUUUGUUCACCUGGAAUUUAAUUUUGAAUAGGUUGAAAGGACCAAGGUACUUGAGUAAUGAUUAAAGGGCUAUUAUCAGUGUUCAUUCUAUACACAGGGAAUACAGUAUUGGUUGAGGCUUUACUUUUGUCCAAAAUACAUUAUUCCCAAUUCAUCUAGAUAUUGCUAACAAUAGUAGCUGAUUCAGUGAUAAAUUGUCUUGCGUUAAAAUUGGGGAAAGUACACCUUUUGUUUCAAUCAAAAAAAAUUCAAACUUUCCCUAGUUCCCCUGAUUUCUAGAUGACUUGAACUAAAAUUAAUGCAUUUACUAAGAAACUGUUUUGCUUUUAAUUACUUAUCAAAGUGCUCCGAAUGAAAAGUCAUUUUGAACUAUGUACAAUACUCCAGGAAGAGGUCAGAUGAGUCACAAGACUGUAAGUGCCACUGUGAGCGCUCUGGAGGUGAACCUGCACACAUUACAGUGAGUAGACUAUCCCAGCUAUAAAUAGAUUUUUUCGUUUGUUUCUGUUCUGAAAUACUUUUUUAAUGCAGAUAAAAAUAUCAGGAAAUUAACCUUAUAUGGCACAAACCAAAUACAUAGUAGUAUAUGGAUGAGUUUCUACAUUUAAAGAGCUAAGAAGGUAGGUUCAGGAUUGUAUUAUAGUACAUGCACUUACAAGGCAAAUGCACACACAUACUGAUUACUUUCAAGGAUGUGGGUGUUCAUUUAUCAUAAUAAUUUAAAAAAUAAGAUACAAUGUUACAUUUUUAGACCAUAUUGAAACUGCAAGAAGACACAGGUCUUAAAAAGUUAUUAAGGAAAACUACUAAAUCCCUCCACGGGGUAUUUAGACAUGUGUAGAACAUAGCUCAGUUUUUAAAAAGCAACUGACCUAAAGGGUUAAAGUUGUAACUGACACAUUUCAAAUUAAAAUUAUGUUUAUUUUGUACAGAAAGCAAUGUUAAACACAAGCAAAUCUGUUGUAUGUAAUAAGUGACAGAGUUUUUAAAAAAUUAUUUAGCUUUAUCGAUGUUUUUGUUUUACUUCUUCUAGACCUGGAGUAUCAUGUCAUAAACGGCAGUCUUGCACCAAGGUAGCAGGCCCUUUCUUUUUGUACAUAUUGAUUGGACCUUUCUUUACUGUUACGUGGACACUUUCUAUGUUAGUUUUGAUGCAUAAUUCUUGGAAUCUUUUUAUACAAACUAGAAUGUAUGUGUAAGAAUUCCUGUCCCUGCAAUGUAGUAACUAUAAACUUAUUUUUAAAUAAAUAGAAAACUUGUUUUUCUAAGCCAUUUUGUAUAGCCUCAUGAUUUCUUUGCUUUUUUGUUUGUUUUGGUUAGUUUUGGACAGCAUAAAGCAAUUGGUACAUACUCAGUAGGCAACUUACCAAAGCGAUUGUGAUCUGGAAGCCAUUCUGUAUAUUCUAGUUCAUUAGAGGUUUCACUUUUCUGUCUGUGUGAAAUGUUAAUAUCACUAUCAAAGAUUUCAAAUAUCUAAUGUAAUUCCAGGGUGACUAAAGGUUAAAAAUAAAGACUCCUUUGCCUUUCAA